GGAAGAAUCCAGUUGUAACAUUGUUAGCUCGAAUGGCUAGGUCCCGACAGAAAAAUAUAUUUACAUUUUGUGGGGAAAAAACAAACAAACAAACAAACAAACAAAAAAAAACACGUCUGUUGAUUAUUUUUGAGACAAGGUUACAGCCUUUGUGAGGAUAUAUCAACUGCACAUGUCUUCUGGGUUUUGGUUAACACUAUUUACGGUCCGAAUUCAGCAAUGUAAUUAGCGUUUAUUAGCAAACUGAAUGGAACGUGAGCCACCGUGGAGCUAAAGCAGCUAACAGUAGAGUCUUAAUCAGUGUUUCCAACAAGGGUUAUGGUGGCCCAGCUGAGGACCGAGAGACUGAGGAAAGUUACAGAGUGAACGCAGAACUACUGAUACUGACCAAGUUCCAGACAGCAGAAAACAGAAGAUUCCGAUUAUAAGACUGAAACCUUGAAUGAGUAAAACGUGUAGACGAGGAUUGUGAAAAGGAGAAUCCAAGGUGGAGCGAGGAUGACUGAGAUGAUGAAGGUUGAAGCAGAUGAACCUGGAGGGUUCAGCUUGGAGCCCCCCGUACCUGCAGCAUCUACAUCAGAACCGGAGGAAAUACAAGACAGCAAAGAUCUCACUUUACCUGUCUAUCAGACAAUGACGAUUAAAGGAGAGGUUCCCGGUGAUUGGAGCUCCAAUUUGGACCAACAAAAUCCACAAUCCCUCUGCAUAAAGAAUGAAGAAGAAGAACUGUGGAUCAGUAAGGAGGAAGAGCAGCUUACUGUGAAGACUGAAAAUGAAGAAAAGCCUCUGUUAUCAGAGCUUCAUCACAUUGAAACUGAAUAUUUUAGAGAGACAGAAGCUCCAACCAGCAGUUCACCUGAACCUGUUGCACAGAACUUUAGACGGCCAGAACCAGACAGUGACCCAGAGCCCGUAUGUCCCUCCCAGCAAAGUAACAUGGCAGAUGGGGAGAAAUCAUUUGGCUGCAAUCUUUGUGGCAAAAGAUUCAGACGCAAGCAUUCCGUAAAAUUACACAUGAUGACUCACACAGGAAAGAGACAGCAUAGUUGUGAUCUUUGUGGCAAAGGAUUUGUAGAAAAGCGUUCUCUUCAGACACACAUGAAUGUCCACACUGGAGAGAAACCUUUUGCCUGUGACGUUUGUCCUAAGAGUUUUAAGUCGAAGCCGAACCUCAGAGCCCACGUUCGUAUUCACUUGAGCGAGAAACCCUACAGUUGCAGUGUUUGCAGCAAAGGAUUUUCAGCGAAAAACAACUUGAGCGUACACAUGAUUGUUCACACGGGAGAGAAACCAUUUGUUUGUAGCGUUUGUAAUAAAAGAUUCCCGGUGCACGCUUAUCUGCAGCGUCACAUGUGUGUUCACACGGGAGAGAGACCGUUUAUUUGCAAUGUGUGCAGCAAAGGGUUUUCGGAGAAGAACAAAUUGAACAUACAUAUGGUUGUUCACACAGGAGAGAAACCAUAUAUUUGUAGUGUUUGUAGUAAAAGUUUUGCCCGUCAGGACUGCCUUCAACGUCACAUGUGCGUUCACACAGGAGAGAAGCCGUUUGUCUGCAGCGUUUGCAGUAAAGGAUUUCUACAACCGGCUCUUCUACAGAGUCACAUGUGCGUUCACACAGGAGAGAAGCCGUUUGUCUGCAGCGUUUGCAGUAAAGGAUUUCUACAACCGGCUCUUCUACAGAGUCACAUGUGUGUUCACACAGGAGAGAAGCCAUUUAGUUGUGGUGUUUGUAGUAAAGGAUUUUUAUCAAAGAAGACUUUAAAUAGACACAUGGUGGUUCACACGAUAGAAAAGCCGUUUUCUUGUGGCGUCUGUAGUAAAGUAUUUACACGACAGGAGACUCUGCAUAAUCACAUGUGUGUCCACACAAGAGAGAAGCCCUAUACUUGUAGUUUUUGCAGUAAAGGUUUUUCAGCGAAAAAGUGUCUAAAUAGCCAUGUGGUUAUUCACGCUGGAGAAAAGUCAUUAAGCUAGUGUUGGCAGUAAUGGGUUUUCAUGACAAGCUCUCCUAAAGACUCCAAUGUGUGUUCAUGAGAGAAAUUGUUUGUGCUGUUGUGUUUAGGGGAUACUUUUUACAGCAAGCUCACCUAAACGGUCACUUAUGUGUUCGAACAGAACGGAUUUGUUUGAAGCCAGGGACUUUCACAUGAUUGCAUUUCUAUUUUCUAUGCGCACCGUUUAAUUUCUCAAUGAUUAUUCAGAUAAAUUCACUUUUGUUUAGGGCCAAAUCGCAACAGAUAUCGUCUCUAGGUGCUUUAGAAAAAAAAAAAAAAACCUAAAUUCAGUCAUACAAAAAUACAGUCAACUAAAUAUGUUACAAUUCAGUCCUAAUUAAUAACGUUGUCAAGUUUAGUUCUUUGUUCAAAUUGGUAUAGAAAACCUAGCUAAUUGCAUCGAGUCUAACGGUGAUAAAUUUGUACCGAAUAUAAACCAAGUUGCCUUCUAGAGAUUUAUCAUUAAGUACACAGUAUUCUGUUUAUUUUAAUUUAUUUUUUCUAAGACUGUAAAUAUCUGCUUUUUGGAACGUACUGUUGGGUAAAAACCUGUCAAAGUUGGUUGACCGUUAUGCAUUUAAUACAUUUUAGUGUAUUUGUUUCCAAUGAUUAUGAUAAAUGUAAAACAAAAGCUUCAUACACUACUUAAAGACUUGAAUUAAACUAAAAAAAUAAAUAAAUCAGUCGGAUCAAGGAGUUGAAAAUUUCUCCCAACAUAGUGAGUUUAACUCAUGUUUAAUUUAUUCUGUACAAGAAAAAAAACUUUUACUGCAAUCAUAACUGAUGUAAUGUGUAGACAAUCAUUCGAAUCUUUUAUUUUGAAGGUUGAUGUAACAAAAAUAGCAUAAGUCUUAAGGAAAUGUUUGUUUCUUGCUGGAUAGAGCUAUAAUUAUGCCUGUAUUUAACUCAUCAAAUUAUGAAAACUUUAUUUUUUGCCGCCUUUUUUUAAAGGCAUUGAAUUCUGUUCAAUUGUAGGAACAGAAUUGAUUUACCAUCUUUAGAAUAAUCCGCUCCUUCCUCCAGAACACCUUGACUUUAAACUAAGGUAUUUCACAAAAAGUGUCAUAUGUCAUUGUAUUUAAAGCAUCAGGUAAUCCUUGGAUGUGGCAGUUUUUGUUGGUUUUGUUUUUGAUGCAAAGAAAUUGAUUUCAUCUACUGUAUUUUGAUGUAAAAGCUGAACUAAGGACAUAACUUGUACAGUGUUUAGCAGCAACUAAAAACUGUACAACUCAAUUGUUACAUUCUAUGUUUUGGAACUAUGUCAAACUGUAUUGUCCGUGUUUAAUAAAAAAAAAGUUCUCGUCAAAAAAAGAAAAGAUCCUAAAAA